AUGUAUAAUAAUGUUAGACUAUACAAACAAAGGUGUUUCGAAGAAGGUACUGAUCGGGUAACACGAGAAGAUUUGUUGAAAAUGAGGGGUACGGAGCAACUUAGAAACCGUUGGAGAAGGAUUAAUGCUUCAUGUUCUAAAUUUUGUGGCUCACAUGCUCAUGCUGAAUCAAAAAAGGGAAGUGGUAUGAAUGAUGAAGAUGUUAUGAAAUUAGCAUAUAGUAUAUAUGCUAACGACAAAACAAAGUCUUCAUUAUGCUCUAAAACCUUUCAAGACAAGCAUGAAAAGACAUCCACUCAAGGAAGUGACUCAAAGAGAUCUCGUAUCAAUGAAGCUGGAAACUACUCCUCUUCAUCAAACCCAGAAACACCAACCAGUGGUGAUAUUGGGUAUUCAGGCUUUCCUUCUAGCAACGAAUCUAACAAAAAUAAAGGAAAGAGCAAGGUGCCAAACAUGCCAAGUGGAGCAUGGCAACAAUGGUUAGACACUGCCCAGAACAUGAACCUUAUAAGGCAAUCAGAAAAUGAAGUUGAACUUACAAGGUUGCAACUAGAAAAGGAGAAAGAAGCAAGGAAGCAAAGAAAAAUUAAUAUGGAGUUAUUUAAACACCUCGAUUCAAAGCCAAACUUAUCUUCGGAAGAUCAAGAAUUAAGGAACACUUUGUUGAAGAAGUUGUUCCCCUCAGACUAA